AUGGACAUUUUUAUUUUAGCGAUACCACUUCGUGGAAGUGCGAUUGAUAUUUCUCCGAAUGCAACGUGGAAACAGAAUGGUACGACUGUGGCUGGAGGAAAUAAAAACGGCAAUGAAACGAAUCAAUUCUAUCUCCCAGUCGGUUUGUAUGUCGAUGAUAAUCAAACGAUUUAUAUCACUGAUACAGAUAAUCACCGUAUUAUAGAAUGGAAAUAUGGUGCGGAGAGUGGUAAAGUAGUUGCUGGUGGCAAUGGAGGAGGAAAUGAAUCUAAUCUAUUAAACGGUCCAUGGGAUGUAAUUGUCGACAAAGCGAGAGAUAGUCUCAUCAUCUCCGAUACAGGGAAUAGAAGAGUAGUUCGAUGGUCUCGUCAAAAUGGUGGUAAUACUAGUGGAGAAACAAUCAUUUCUAACAUCGAUUGUAUAGGAUUGACAAUGAACGAGAAUGGAUUUCUUUAUGUUGUUGACGGGAGAAAUAAUACAGUGAGACAAUAUCGAAUGGAUGGUAGUGAUGAAAGGGUGGUUGCAGGUGGAAAUGGACAAGGAAAUGGUCUCAAUCAACUCUAUUAUCCUCGAUACGUAUUUGUCGAUCAAGAUCAUUCAGUGUACGUGUCAGAUUAUAAAAAUCAUCGUGUGAUGAAAUGGGAAGAAGGUGCACAAGAAGGGAUUGUUGUAGCUGGUGGAAAUGGGAGAGGAAGUAAUCUUACACAAGUGUAUGAUCCUUGUGGAGUGAUUGUCGAUCAGUUGGGUACUGUGUAUGUGGCUGAAGAAUACAAUCAUCGAAUAAUGCGAUGGACAAAAGGAAGUACAGAGGGAAGUGUUAUUGCUGGUGGAAAUGGUAAAGGAGAACAGUCGAAUCAAUUAAAAAAUCCUGUUGGUUUAUCAUUCGAUCGACAGGGUAAUCUCUAUGUCGCCGAUAAGCACAAUCAUCGAGUGCAAAAAUUUGAAAUCGAAUAG